AUCAGUGAUUAUAUCGGAUCCACAAUUGAUUAAAGAUAUUAUGAUAAAAGAUUUUCAUUUGUUCAGCGAUAGAGACGACUUAAUCACUGGCGACAAACUGACAGAUAGAGCGCUGUUUAAUCUUAAAGGAAAUGAAUGGAAAAAUAUGCGAUCAAUUAUAAGUCCAACCUUUUCGUCGGGCAAAAUGCGUUCAAUGCAUCCAAUAGUCAGCGAUUGUAUCAAACGAUUGGAUGAAAAUUUUGAAAAACAAUUGACAAAUAAAUUGGUGGCCGAAAUAGAGGUCAAGAAAAUGAUGUCGAGUCUGACUAUGGAUGUGAUCGCUUCGUGUGCUUUUGGGACCAAAAUCGAUACCUAUGGACAACAAAAAAGUGAAUUUCUUAUAAACGCACAGAAAGUUAGCACUCAGUCGUUGCGUACAUUUGUCUUCUUAUUUAUUGUUACAUUGUUUCCCAAAUUGAUUCAAUGGACCGGUUUUACGAUUAAUCAUCCAAAUGUCGAUGGAUUCUUCAGGACAGCUAUCCGAUCGAUAAUCAGUCGCCGAAAAACUGAAAGUAUUAAAAGUAAAGAUUAUUUGCAACUCAUUUUGGACGCACAGAAUAAAACACUGGACACCUCUGACGACAAAGAUAUCGUUGGUGACAGUAGUGAAGAAAUUUAUGGAUCAAUUGGUGACAAACAAAAUACUAUUGAUAAGUCCAAGAUUGAUAUCACCGAAGACGAUGUUUUGGCCACUAGUAUGUUGUUUAUUGUCGCUGGAUAUGAAACUACCGCUUCGUUGUUGACAUUUUUGACAUACAAUUUGGCGAUGAAUGACGAAUGUCAACAAAAAUUAUACGAAGAAAUCAAACAAUUUGAUGGCAACUAUACCUAUGAGUCCAUCUCAAAGAUGCCAUAUCUUGAGGCGUGUAUUGCAGAAACACUUCGUAUAUACAAUCCAUUAGUUUUCGUCAAUAGAAUGGCUAUAAAAGAUUAUAAAUUAGGCGAUACCGGUAUAACAUUACCAAAGAAAACUGUUGUUAGCGCAAAUAUACAAUACAUACAUCACAGUCCCGAAUACUAUCCCGAUCCCGAUCGUUGGAAUCCCGAACGGUUUAUGCCCUACAAUCGGGAUAAGUUAGUUCCCUAUACUUAUAUGCCGUUUGGUUUGGGUCCCAGAAAUUGUGUGGGAAUGAGGUUUGCAUUGAUGGAGACAAAGACAGCCACAGCCUAUUUGGUCAAUAAAUACCGAUUUAUGCGGACAGACAACACUCCCGAUAAAUUAAAAUUUAUGAAAAUGCAAUUUUUGCUUAAAUGUGAUGAAUUUAAUUCUAAAGGUGUGUUUGUCUUUAAAAAUUAUAAUAUUAUGGCAUUACUUAUAUUAAUUGCGAUCAUUACUAUAAUUGGUUUAAUCUAUUAUUAUUUGAGCCGUAAUUUGCAUUUCGGUACCACUGUUGGCAUUCCUGGACCGAAACCUCUACCAAUUAUCGGCUCUUUUUAUAAAAACUUUACGAAAAUACUACAAGAAGUAUAUGUCGAUAAUGUUAGACAAUAUGGCAAAAUCUAUUGUGAUUAUAUUGGAUCGAUGCCAACAGUGGUUAUAUCGGAUCCACAAUUGAUUAAAGAUAUUAUGAUAAAAGAUUUUCAUAAGUUUAGCGAUAGAGACGACUUAAUCACUGGCGAUAUACUGAGCGAUAGAUCACUAUUUAAUCUAAAGGGAAAUGAAUGGAAAAAUAUGCGAUCAAUUAUAAGUCCAACCUUUUCGUCGGGCAAAAUGCGUUCAAUGCAUCCAAUAGUCAGCGAUUGUAUCAAACGAUUGGAUGAAAAUUUUGAAAAACAAUUGACAAAUAAAUUGGUGGCCGAAAUAGAGGUCAAGAAAAUGAUGUCGAGUCUGACUAUGGAUGUGAUCGCUUCGUGUGCUUUUGGGACCAAAAUCGAUACCUAUGGACAACAAAAAAGUGAAUUUCUUAUAAACGCACAGAAAGUUAGCACUCAGUCGUUGCGUACAUUUGUCUUCUUAUUUAUGGUUACAUUGUUUCCCAAAUUGAUUCAAUGGACCGGUUUUACGAUUAAUCAUCCAAAUGUCGAUGGAUUUUUCAGGACAGCUAUCCGAUCGAUAAUCAGUCGCCGAAAGACUGAAAGUAUCAAAAGUAAAGAUUAUUUGCAACUCAUUUUGGACGCACAGAACAAAACACUGGACACCACUGACGACAAUGAUAUCGUUGGUGACAGUAGUGAAGAAAUUUAUGGAUCAAUUGGUGACAAACAAAACACUAUUGAUAAGUCCAAGAUUGAUAUCACCGAAGAUGAUGUUUUGGCCACUAGUAUGCUGUUUAUUGUCGCUGGAUAUGAAACUACCGCUUCGUUGUUGACAUUUUUGACAUACAAUUUGGCGAUGAAUGACGAAUGUCAACAAAAAUUAUACGAAGAAAUCAAACAAUUUGAUGGCAACUAUACCUAUGAGUCCAUCUCAAAGAUGCCAUAUCUUGAGGCGUGUAUUGCAGAAACACUUCGUAUAUACAAUCCAUUAGUUUUCGUCAAUAGAAUGGCUAUAAAAGAUUAUAAAUUAGGCGAUACCGGUAUAACAUUACCAAAGAAAACUGUUGUUAGCGCUAAUAUACAAUACAUACAUCACAGUCCCGAAUACUAUCCCGAUCCCGAUCGUUGGAAUCCCGAACGGUUUAUGCCCUACAAUCGGGAUAAGUUAGUUCCCUAUACUUAUAUGCCGUUUGGUUUGGGUCCCAGAAAUUGUGUGGGAAUGAGGUUUGCAUUGAUGGAGACAAAGACAGCCACAGCCUAUUUGGUCAAUAAAUACCGAUUUAUGCGGACAGACAACACUCCCGAUAAAUUAAAAUUUAUGAAAAUGCAAUUUUUGCUUAAAUGUGAUGAAUUUAAUGUAGGAAUUGAACAUAGAUUGUAAAACUUUUUUUUAAAAAAAGUUUUAUUUGAC